UUUUGUCUCUCAUCUCUCAUCGUUACUACCAUUCAAAAUGCGCGCGUCCAGCGAGCGCAUGCGCAGUGCUCAGCUGCGGACGUGAGGCUGCCUCCGAAAAUAGGCGGUGGCUGUGCCUUUUCUACCCCUCCCCCACCUCGUUUCACCCCCCUUGCCGCACUUGGAGAAGACAACAUGGCCGCCGAGAAACGCAGCCGCGGUUCGUGGCGCACACUUUCGGAGACACUUCGGUUUAGAAACGGUUCCAUCAUGGCGUGUAAAUAGGGAGGACGGGAGUGCGCAACGCGACCGUGUGUUCAAAAAUGACUGAUUAACUAGGUUUUUGCGUGUUUUCUAGUUUGAUUUGUGGUGGAAAGUGAGUUUGAGUGCCUUGGAUUACCGAAAAUGGCUCAAGAACUUGUUCUACACAGCCCUGUUGGUGCAGAGCCCGUUGUUUAUCCGUGGCCGCUCAGCUCGGGAGGAGACAGAAGUGAUGGGGCUGCUGAGAUUCUGGACACUAUCAGAUGGGUGGGCGAGGAUCACCCCGAACUCGAGUUCGCCCUCAAGAACAACAUCCUGUCGGACUACGACACGCGCAGCUUCGAGAGCAUGAAGGGGUUGUGCGACAAGUACAACCGCGCCAUCGACAGCAUCGUGCAACUG